AUGAUUCUUGCCCGGCGAUCGGUGGCUUCGGCGCGGCAUCUGCUGCAGAACCAGCAGCCACGACGAUUUGACUCACAUGCAGCUCACCAUGCGGCACCUGUGAACGAAAGCUUCGGCCGUAGCUUCUACGUCGCCGUCGGCACCUUUGCUUCCGCUUUCGCCCUCUACCACUUCACCAAGGCCACCAAGGAGUCUGGCUCCCAGUCGCGCAUCUCCAGCUUCAUUGAAAAGUGGACUCCCUCGGAGAAGACCUUUGAGCAGAGAAACGCCCUUCAUACCGCCGCUGUGGAAAAGGCCGCUUCUGACCGUCACUUGUUCAUCAGUCAGGACCUGAAGUCGAACUAUGAACUGAGGAACCCCGAGGCUGCCUUCCAACCCGGUAAACCAUACAAUGUCAUCCCCGGCAGCCAAGCCGACCUGAGCGAGGUUAUUGCUCACUACGAGCGUGAGAACCAGAAGCAGGAGGCCGCCCGUGUUGCCCGCAUGAAGGAUGGCAAGGUUGUCUCUCUUUAUGAAUAG